CCUAUGGAUACGCUUAUCGAAUUUUCCUACGGACAACGAACUCGGAGGACGGUUUACACAAAUGCGGUCAAUAUGGAUUCCCACGUUGGUCUCGACUAUAUCGUUGACAAUCCCGAUUACUGCGUCAAGCUUGCCUCGGCGUUGGACACCGCCUGUCCCUCAGUGAAGAAACAAGUGGUGGAAUUGCUAUCCGCGCUAUGCGUUUACAGUCAAGAUGGGAGGCAGAGGGCCAUCGAUACCCUUCACGCGUAUCAGGAAAGAAAAGGAGAACGGUAUCGAUUACGAAUCGUGGUCGACGAGCUUGAAAAGGCAACCGCCGAGGAUUAUCGGACGGCACUAUUGGCUUUCAUAAAUUGCUUGGUCAUCUCCACGCCAGUGCUGAAGGAUCGCAUACGAAUUCGCAACGAGUUCAUCGGUCUGAAGCUCCUCCCGAUCCUGAACGAGCUGCGGAAGAGUCACGCUCCGGAUCUCAGAGUGCAGCUAGACGUGUUCGACGAUCAACGAGAGACCGACGAAGAAUUGUCGAAUCACGGACCGCCGGGAAUCGAUCUUUCCUCUCACGUGGACGUGUUUUACGCGAUUCUCGGACAAAUCGCAGACACCCCGCAAGAAAUACCAUUCUUGAGCAUUCUUCAACAUCUGCUGCGCCUGGAUCCGAAAGACGCCGCCAGCGAUCUAGCAUGGGACACGGCCGAGACGCUGGUGCAUAGAGCGACGCUUUUAGAAAACCGCGAGGACGCCACCAAAUUACUGCGAUCGCCUAGUCUACAGACGAAUCUAUGCUGCCACUGUCGGGGCACCGAUCAGACGUGCGGAACGUCUCGAAAAGCGUCGUUGCCGGUGAACAAUUCGUCACCUUCGCCACCUUUGCCACCUCCGCCACCGCCUCCCGAUCCUCCGGCAGCCGCCUCCUCGAGCCAAGGCCGCAUUUUGCCGCCGCCUCCGCCUCCGCCGCUCUUCGCCGCCAACGCGACGCACGCCGAUGCAUCGAUGGAACCGCCGCCCAUCCCACCGCCGCUCCACGUGCUGCCCGUCGCGCGGGCGCCCACCCCCGACCCGCCGAAUAAUCACGCGAGGCUGCUGCCGCAACAGGAAAUACCCACCCCCAAGGCAAAAAUGAAAACGAUCAACUGGAACAAGAUACCUAAUCACAAAGUGAUCGGAAAACGAAACAUUUGGUCAUUGGUCGCCAACGAUCAUCAAAACUCUCCCAUGGCGGACAUAGACUGGGCGGAAAUGGAAGGUCUGUUCUGUCAGCAAAUGCCGCCAAUGUUACCCGCCGCCUCGUGUUUCUCCUCCUACGGAAACAGCUCCGACGCUGACAGACGACGAAGAGAACCGACCGAGAUCGCGCUUCUGGACGGCAAGAGGAGCUUGAACGUCAACAUAUUUCUCAAACAGUUUCGAAGCUCGAACGAGGACAUAAUUCAGCUGAUAAAGGAAGGUGGUCACGACGACAUCGGUGCGGAAAAGUUACGCGGUCUCCUCAAGAUACUGCCCGAAGUGGACGAGCUGGAAAUGCUCAAAAGCUUCGACGGGGACAAGUCGAAGCUCGGAAACGCCGAGAAGUUUUUCCUGCAACUCGUCCAAGUACCAAACUACAAGCUACGUAUAGAGUGUAUGUUGCUGAAGGAAGAAUUCGCUGCCAACAUGGGCUACCUAGAACCUAGCAUCAACUCUAUGAUCCUCGCCGGUGAGGAUCUAAUGACGAAUAAGCCGCUCCAGGAGGUGCUAUACAUGGUUCUGGUCGCUGGGAAUUUUCUAAACUCGGGUGGAUAUGCCGGAAACGCCGCUGGAGUGAAGCUAUCCUCUUUGCAAAAGUUGACCGAAAUCCGAGCGAACAAACCAGGAAUGAAUCUCAUACAUUACGUGGCUUUGCAAGCCGAGAGGAAACGGAAGGACUUGUUGAACUUCGCCAAGAGCAUGAACACGCUGGAAGCUGCCACGAAGACCACGACCGAGCAGCUAAACAACGAGUUCAACGCCCUCGACACGAAGAUCAAGAAAAUCAAGGCUCAGAUUCAGCUUCCUUCCACGGAGAUCGACAUACAGGAACAAAUGGCUCAGUUUCUACAGAUGGCGGAACAGGAGAUGAGCCAGUUGAAAGGGGACAUGGAGGAGCUGGAGACCGUAAGGCGAUCGCUCGCGGAAUUCUUUUGCGAAGACUCGAACACGUUCAAGAUCGAAGAGUGCUUCAAGAUAUUCCAUCAAUUCUGUCAGAAGUUCAACCAGGCUGUCGCGGAGAACGAAAGGCGAAGAAUUCAGGAGGAACAAGUCCUGGCGAGGCGCAAACAACGAGAAGAACAACUUUUAGCUAAAAAACGAUUCCUAACGAAUCAAGCCGAGACGCCAGCCUCUGAAUCCGAAUGCAACCUAAUCGAUUACGGCCUCUUCGAUCUCCAUACCGGUUUACCUCAAAGAAAUUAUAGUCGUAACGAUGCCAAGAUCAAAAGAUUGCAAAACGGAGUAGUCACGUCGGACGAAGACGUCUCCAACGCCGGAUCGCCGAGCAUUCGACGUCGCUUGGGCUCCUGUUCCGGCGGUACCGGCGGUACCGGCGAUCAACUAUCUACCAAAGAAGAAAUCUACUCUCCAGAUGUAACGCCAAACGGCACCCUCCGUCGUCGCAGAAGUCGAAUACCCUGCGAAGACGACGACGGUAACCUGAUGGACUUUUUGAGGACGUCGGGACAAGACAAUACUCGUGAAAGGAAGUCCUGGGGUAGCCUAGAUCGGUCGUGGGCCCGAAGAGCUCGCGGUCAAUCUCGCAGGAGCGAUCUACUGAACGCAGACUUUUCGGCGGACCGAGAGAGGGCGAGUUCCCCGUCGCCUCUGGUGGAAAACAAACCCUUCUUGCAAGAGGAAGAAACAAAACCUGCCGGAAAAGCAUGGAGACAGAAGAUCGAGGCGUGGUUGUCGGAAAACGAGAAAGAAGAUCGUGCGGGUGAAGAACUGAAAAGAAAAGCGAGACAGUUGCACCAAGCUAAUCGACGGUCCUUCGAAGACUCGGAAAGUGAAGGCAAGACGAAUACCCCGAACGAAGGUAAUUCCACGCACGAAGUUUACGACUCGGAAGUUUACGACUGGCGGCCGUCGGUCGAAAAAACGGACGUGAUGCGCACGAUGGAAGCUAUAGAAGAAGCCGAAACGCAUCCGUCCCAAAAGGACAAAUCUCCUUGGCGGAAGUCUAGCUUGAACGUACCAAAUAGUAUGGAAGAGACUGACCCACGUUAUUCCCGUAGGCUAAGAUCAAGACUCAGCGCAGAAAAUAUCCUCACCUCCGGUACGUUGCAGUCGAUCAAAGAGGAGGACAGAAAGAAGAACAAGAUCAACGAUACCGCCAACACGGAUCCUCAGGACGAGCUGACGAUUUAUCUGCGGCAACCGUACAGCAACACCCAAGUCUCCGCGACGCGACGAUUUUCCAAGUACAAGCGAGGCGCGGAUGAAGAGAAAAUCAGCGACAAAAUCGAGAUCGACUCGGACAAUAUCGAAACUCCGCCGGCGACUAGAAAGCUGUUCAGUCCGCCGAAGGAAGUGAAGCCGGUCGAGAAAGAGCCGUGCAAGAGGGAACGUUGCAACGGCUCGUUCCAAAGUCGCGAUCUCAAGAACACGGUCGCGAGAAACACGAGUAACACAGACUUCGGUACGGGUAACUUUGAUCGGUACUCGGCGACGAGGAGAACACGGAGGUAUAAAAAGGUGCAACAAGACUCGUUGACGGCGGAAAAGGAGGCUAAGCAGGAGGUCGCGAGUACGGAGCCGUUCGAGGAUAAACCGGCCCAACGUCCUCACACUUUGCCGUUGUCCGAGGAGAGUCACGACGAGGACGCGAUGCUUCGCGUCUGGCAAGACAAGCUGAAGCGUCGCGAGGCGUCGUCGUUCGACAUCGAGGCCGCGCUGGCGGACAUAGCCCGUUCCGGCGAGGAUCUUCAACGGUUAUCGAGGCCCGUCGCGUUGACGCACAGAAGCUCGAGGCUUCCGGUCAGCCAGCCACCGCCGGUCCUCGCGGUGACCAACACGGUCCUCAGCCCGGUGAUGCAGGAGUCGCGACCACGAGAACCGUCCGUGACGGUUCUCGCCGAGAGAGCCGUGACCAGUCGGGAACGACAACGAAGCAUGAUCGACCCUAGUCAGGUGAAGGAGGCGAUAAGGUUGACGAACAAUCCACCCAGUCAGGUGAAUCAAAUUCAAAACGGAACUAGCCCGUCGUCGCGAGACCAGACCGAUCUGGUCGACGCUCCGAAACGCCACGACGCGUACGAGGAUCUGACCGGUGUUCCGGAGACAAAACGCAUGGAGCACUCGAGUCGAAACGAGAUCAGAAUCGAGCGGGGUGAACCACCGGUGUCGGACGCCUCGGUGUUCCGCGGCAGAUUCGUUCCCGACAUUUGCGUCACCUCCUCGUCCUCCCCGGGCAAAGGUCGGGACCAAGAGAUGAACGACGAGGGAUUCGAGGAGACGCAGAGUCUAGUUUCCGAGACGUUGAGCCAGGAAACGUCGUCCGGCAAUUACGAGACGGACACGCACGACUCGACGCGAUGUUCGCCGGCCGAGCUACGCUACACUGGAAACGACGCCGAUCGUGCGCGCCCCGUCGCCGGAAACGACCGCGACAAGUCGGACGGCCACGCGAAAAAGUCGAUCGACAAAACGCUCGAGUCAUCGAUCAAAGGGUUCGAGAAACGCGCGAGCUCGAUGAGAAAGACUGGCGAGAAGAAGACCAGCUUUCUACCGAAGCGAACCAACAGUUUGAAACGGGACCCUGCGCCUGGGAAAACGGAGACCACUGCGCAACGGAACGCGAACGCAACGUUCCAGUCGAUCAAUCCGUCGAGGAACGAGGUGGAACGCUCCGGUUCGAGAAGCAGUCUCAGAAGCUCGCGAAGCUCUUUGAACAGCGCCACCUCGGUGAACACUGUGCGGAACUUGGUCCCGAAUCACGCUCGUCUUCGGACUUACACGUCCGCUAUUUGCGCCCUCACCAACGAUCUCAGGAAGAGCCCGUCAAACACUCCGUUGCCGCCGAAAAAUAUUGAGAAACGUCGAAUUAAUCCGCGCUCCACCGUCACCAGGAUACCCGCUAGCAGAAGCAGCAGUAGCGGAAGCAGCGUCGGUCCAGCUGCGAGAACAGUUCGGAAAUCUCUUGGGGUGUCGAGCGAGGCGCAAAAGGGGAACAAAGGACGAACGAUUGGCUCGCGCAGCAGCAGCAGCAGCGGAAGCGGCAGUAUCGUCGGACAUCAAACGGUUUCUUUGAAUCGUUCGGUCGCCGAUAAAGCACCGGUUACGAAAAGCAAGUUGAUCCAUCCUCGAGCCGUAACCAGAAACCACGGUUUCAUGAGACCGACGGCGGCGAGCGUGAACAAAGGCUCUAUACCGAAUCUUCCUAGAAGCAUCAAAAGUUUGGUCAAGUGAUUCGUUCGCC